AUGUUCUUACUGAACGCUAGCCGCCUGGGCGCGGGGAGCAGACUGUUCAGUAGCGCUGGUGUCCAGUUUGCCAAAAAGCGUGGGCAGGCAGCGAAAGAGGCAGUGGAGGUGGACCUCGUAGAUGUAGGCGACUAUGUGAAGAAGGCCACGGAGCGCUUCCAGCAUACGGUAGAGCUACAUAAGAAGCGGCUAGGGCAGAUGAAGGCCGGGAAGCCGGACGCCACGAUGUUUGACGGGCUGGCGGUCGGGAACGAGAAGCAGAAGUUCACGGAGUUGGCGGCGACGUCCGUGAAGGGUAAGAACAUGCUGAUCGUGACGGUGUUCGACCCCAAGGACACCAAGCGGGUGGCCAGCGCGAUUGUGGGCGCAGGCCUGAACGUGACCACGGAGCGGGUGCUCGAGAACCAGCAGCAGCUGAAGAUCAGCCUGCCGCCGGUGACGACGGAGACGCGGGAGCGCCUGUGCCGGGAUAUGAAAAAGGUGUUCGAGGAAUACAAGAACUCUGCCAACCGGCACUCGCUGGGGCAUGUGCGCUCGGAGGUGCUGAAAGAGCUGAAGAAGCUAGAUAAGAAGAACGACUCGGUGAGAAAGGUGAUUCAAGAGAUUGAAAACCUGCAUAAGGAGUACACGGCCAUGUUGCAGGAGCAGCUGAAGCACGCGGAAAAAAACGCUAUGAGAUGA